ACAGGCACAAAUUAUUGAGAAGUAGAACAUUGCUGGGUGAAUAAAAAUAUCAAUUCACAGAGUAGAGGAUACACGAGGAAAAUUCGUGAUGACAUAGUCGCUUGAUUAAGAGCUCUUUUGAGCAAGAAGGAAGUAAAAGUGAUUAGCGAGUUGCCAACCACACCAAGCAGUCAGCUUGUUACAUUGACUGAUGUUUUGACAAUCCCUACUUCGAAUAAUUUUACUAGAUUACCAGGGAGAUUUUUUCUGUAUAACAAUGGCAAAAUAUCAGUGCUUAGAAAAGUAUUUAAUUUUACCCCAAUGUGGACUUUAAUGUAGAUAUUUUGUUUAUUUCAUCGACUGUUACAAAGACUGUAAAGUGCUGUUGAAGUACCAACGUCCUUAUAAAUGGCUCUACAGAAGUUGUCAUCUAAACCGAAAACCCUUCGAGGGUUCGAACUUUCUAUGGUCAUUGGUAAAGGAAGCUAUGGAGAAGUGUGGCUGGCUCGACACAUCAAAGACAAAAGACCGUAUGUUCUUAAAAAGAUCAACUUGAAAAGUACAUCUGAUAAAGAACGUAGAGCAGCUGAGCAAGAAGCAAGAUUGUUAUCCAACUUAAAACAUCCAAAUAUUGUGACUUACAAAGAUUCCUUUCAGACUGGUGAACGAUAUUUAUACAUUGCCAUGCAAUAUUGUGAAGGUGGUGAUCUCUACACUUUGCUUAAGGAACGCAAAGGGAAGGUCUUAGAAGAGAAACAGGUUGUGGAGUGGUUCAUACAAAUAGCUAUGGCUCUACAGUACCUCCAUGAAAGAGAUAUUCUUCAUAGAGACUUGAAAACACAGAAUAUUUUCUUAACAAAAAAUAAAAUAAUCAAAGUAGGAGACUUAGGAAUUGCCAGAGUGUUAGAGAAUUCAAGUGACAUGGCAACUACAUUGAUUGGUACUCCAUAUUAUAUGAGUCCUGAACUUUUUUCUAGUAAACCCUACAAUCAAAAGUCUGAUGUUUGGGCAUUAGGCUGCUGUGUGUACGAGAUGACUACAUUACGACAUGCCUUCAAUGCAAGAGAUAUGAAUUCUUUAGCUUUCAAGAUUCUCAGUGGGAAGCUACCACCAAUGCCACAACUAUAUAGCAGUGAAUUAGUUCAGUUGAUACAGAAUAUGCUUCACCAGGAUCCAAGCAGGCGGCCAUCUGUCAGCAGGCUUCUUCGAAUGAGUUAUGUAAAAAAAAACAUUGCCCAGUUCUUGGAAGAAACUCGUAAAAGUCGUCGACCAUUACCACCUACUCCAGAUAAAACAGCUAAAGCAGAAUCUUCCUUACCAUCUUCAUCAUCUUACUCAGCACAUCCUCAUUCACAUAAGCAAUACUGCAAUCCAUCUGUUGCUAAAAAGGACCAACUAGAUGGUAGAGCAAAAGUUGUUCAUCCUGAUGUUGAAUGUAUUUCUAUAGAUUCACAGAAUACUAUGGUCAAUGAUACUCUGCCUGUUCAAGUAAUACACAAUAAGGAAAUAGCUGCAAAAAUAGGAAAAGAAGCUGAAAAUGAAUGUAGUAGUUCUUCACAUACAAAUUCAAUAUCUGAAGAGCAUUCUUUAUCACCAAAUUCUAGUAUUAUCUCAUUAUCUUCAUCAACUCAGUCCAGUUUAAAUGAAUGUGCCUCAGUAAUGGAAGAAAGUGACUCAGGAACUCAAGACACAGUUAUUAAAAACACUGUUAUUCAGCAAGAUGAAGAAAAAGCGAAAAAUGCAGCUGGUCCUAAGGGAAAAUUUAUGCCUUUAAAUAUUCAUAAUGGAACAGAGUCAAUUUUGAAGAAGCAUUCUGCUGAAAAAUCUCGUCCUUUACCACCACCACCAGUCAUUGAUAUAGGUAAUAGUGAACCUCAGAACACAAAUAGUUGUGUUCCUCGAUUAUCAUCAAGUUCAUCAAGUUCAAAAGAGUGCAGUUCUAAUCUUGGUGAAGGUGAAGCUCCAAAGAGCCUCCCUAAUGUGCUUGCCCGGCAGAAAAGGCGCCAGAAGCAAUCUUUAUCCUGUUCACUGGAACGUCAUGAAUGUCGAGUAGAACUUAAACAACCAUCAAAGUUAGCUGAAUCAUAUGACAUCCGCAGUGAACCAAGAUCAGUUGUACCUUUGAAGAAUGUUCUGCCGCAACAACAAUAUCGUCAACCAGAAGAUGAUGAAGAUGAAGAGAAUUCUUCACCUGAAGAUAACACCAGAGCUACAAAGAAUAAAUGGGAUAAAUUAAGAGAAGACAGAGAUAUGGAAAACCUGGCUGUAGUCUUAAAUACCACUCUUCAAACCUACUGGAAAAGUAAUGAUGAGAAAUCUGAUGAUGAUUGCACAACUGUUAUAAAGUCAACAAAUAAAGUUAUGGACACUAACUCAGAUGAUGGUGAAAUAAAUGAUCUGCCCAAUAUUGGGCAUCUGCGAUGCUCUGCUGAUCAAAGUAGAAGCAGCAUUGCAAGCACACCAGAGUUCUGCUUGUUGAGCUGUCUGUGAUGCUCUGGUGAUCAAAUUAGAGGCAGCAUUGCAAGCUUGCCGGAAUACUGCUUGUUGGGCUGUCUGUUAUCCUCUGACAGUUGAAGUAGAAGCAGCAUUGCAAGCAGGCUAAAGCACACAUUGUUCUUCUGUCUCACUUGCCUGCAAGGAAUGCAAAAUGGAAGCAUUUUUUGUUUUUCUGCCAGUGUGACUCUUGCUUUUUCGAGGCAUCCUAUAAAAAAUCUGUAAUUGAAUGAAUCUUU